CAUAUCUGAUUAGAAAUACCCAGUUUUUAAAGAAAGCCCUGCUUUGCCGGUUUCUAUGUCUAUUUAAAACAAAUUUUGUUAUAUAGAUCCAGAUUCCAAACGAGAGUACAUUUUCUUUUUCUAUUGUAUAAAUAGUCAAAAGUUUUUCUAAAUAAAAGUGAAAAACAAUGUCUGACCCAACAGUUGCUGAGUCAGACAAUAUUGAGACAGAAGCAGAAAAGCAAACCGAUGAAGACAAAGUUACUGAUGUUGCACUUGAUGCAGAUGCAGAUGAUGAACAAAAAAUGGAUUCAGCGCCAAACGAUGAUGUUAACCCUACAGUUGAAGAAUCUGGUGAGGAAUCUAAAGAGGAAAUGAUGACAGGAGAUGGAGAAAUGCAAACAAAACCUGAGUCUGUGAAAAAAGAUGAUAAUGAUGAGGAAGAGAAUGAGGAUGAUGAAGAUGAGGAUAGAGACCCUAAUGCUGAUCCUAAUGUGAUGCCUCAAGUAAAUGUUAGUUUACUAUCAAAGCGUAAAUGGCAGGUAAAAAUUUUCCCACUGAAGUGUGGAGAUUUCAUGAAUGGCCAGAUUGGACGUGUCUUUAAAUAUGCUAAAGAAAGUUUGAUGUACAUUCUUAGCCCUGGCAGAUAUGCAAGAGGGAAAGGAGAGCUGUAUAUUUCCAGCGCUAAGAAUGCUGCGCAAGUUGUUCACAAUCUGAUGAAACUAGACUUUCACUCAUCAGAAGUCAACAUAGAGAUUAUCAAGAAGAAUGAUCAAAAUGAAGUUGAACUGAAGGGUUUCUUGCGGUUUGAUACAAAACUUGUUAGAAUGUUGUGCAUUCCAAAUGUUCCCCUCAGACGACUAGGUAUAAAUAGAAGGAUAAGACAUCGUGGCAUUGGCUCAGUAUUUGUGAAAAAUCUGCCUGAGGGCACAACCAAAGAAAUGUUGAAAGUAUUGUUUCCCUUUGCAUCAGAAGUAAAUUACAACCCUGAGAAAUUUAAAGAUGGGACUGCUCGCUUAGUUUUGGACAACAGAAAUAAUGUGUUCAAUUGUUUGAAGGCGUUUGCUAAAGUGGAGCUUGGAGGCAAUGUCUUAGAGUUGCACCCCUUAGAAAAAAGAAAAGAAUCCAACAAGACCACAGAGAAGAAAACUGAAAAUAAAAAAGAGGCGGCCGCUGCGGCUCAACCCAAAGUUGUCCAGGAGGAGAAAAAGGAAGCUGAGAAGAAGGAAGUUGAAGAGACCAAAGAACAAAAAACACAAUCACCAGAGAAGAAAGAAACAAAGCCAGAACCCAAGCCAGAGACUCCAAAAACAGACAUAAAAAAAGAUGUGGUCAGGAAUCGACGCAGAAACUAUUGGUUUAACAGAAGGAGAGGUUUUUACCGCGAGGAAAAAAAGGCUGAAGGCCCUGCUGCAAAACCAGUGUACCCAAAGCCAGAAACAACCCCACGUGGUCAGAGACCAGAAACAUCUUCACGUGGUCAGCAAAGCAGAACAGAUCCAUCGCCACGUGGUCAGAUAAGCAGACCAGAAGCAUCUCCACGUGGUCAGCUAAACAGACCAGUAAGAAGAGGUCCCCUUGGUCGGGACACUGCAGUCAACAGAAGGCAGAAUCCAGGUGGUUCUGGCAAUCGAAGCUUCGGCAGGAAUAACUCCAAUUGGAACUCCAGAUCUGCUGGGAGCAGACAAAGAUUCGGAUCUGGCGGAAGCUUUGCCCGCAGUGGUAGAGCUGAUAGAUUUGAUGAGCCAGGUUUUGGUGGAGGUAUGGCAGGAGGCUCGGGUGAUAUGGGUGUAAAUGCUGAAACCACAAAGGAAAUGAUGAUGCUUCAAAGCCAGUUGAGUUUGGCCAUCAAGAAUCAAAUAGCCAUGCUGAAUCAGACCCAGUUUGCUGUAGAACAAGCCAAGAGAAGUGCAUUAACCUCAGACUUGGGCACAGGAGCUUCCCCAGUAGAAGUCUCCAGAGCAUUUGGUGGUAACAAGCGAAGGGCCAACCAAUCAAGCUUCAGUGCUGACUAUGGUGAAGAUAGCUUUAGUCCCAAGCGACAAAAUAUGAGCCUCGGAAGCCAACAACAGUCAAGUUGGGCAGAGGAGAGUGAGGAUUAUUACGCAUUGCAGCAACAGCAACAACAACAACAGCAACUUCAGAAUUUGUAUUAUGAGUCUGACAGACAGUUAGAGAGUUCCCCUGCUUUUGGAUCUGGGUAUAACUCAAGAAACUCUUCAUCCUUUGGCUAUGAUCAAUCAUCACACUACCGCUAUAACUACUAGAAGUGGCUGGACCUGGGUGUAGAGGAACAUAACUGACAGACUUUGAAGUGGUAGAUUCCAAGUGGAUGUUGGCUAUCUUAUGAAAUUGAUGCUUUUGUUGGAGUCAGCUGUACAGUAUGAGCACAAAGUCAAUGUUUCUUGUCUAGGUGUGUCUGUAUAUACAAAGAAGAACUGAAGAGAAAUAACUAAAUAUUGUAUAUGGCAAUGUUCUUUCUUUAAAAUAGGUGUCUGCUUCAUUUUAUACCUUUAUUUGACACUUUUUAAUUGCUUAUUAUUAAAACUAUAACAAACAACUUCUAUAAAUCUAUAAUUUUAAACUUGUUUUUAAACAAAUGAUUUUAAAUGGCUUAUUAAUUAAUUAUUUUCUUAAAUUGUCAUUUUACUUAUUUCUUCUAAAAAAAAGUCAUAAUUAAACUUUUUUUUUUUUUUUUUCUUUUUUGCUGAACUCUUUUACUUUAAAGUCAAGUCUAGACUUGUCCUAUUAAUUUCGUUGGGAAGUUGUGUGCAUGUGAAACUCCUAGAUGUAUUGUGUUCACUUAGAUAAUGUAGACGAUAGGCUUCAUACUGUUAAGUCCAUUCCUACUUUGUUUCAUGUGUAGUGUCCAUGACUGACCUUCCAGGCUACAUUUGGUCUUGGGUAUUUCUGUCAUUUCAGAUGUUAGUAACAGUCUUAUAUGGUCCACAUUUUUGUUGUAUGUUUUUUAUUGAUUUGUAUUAUUAAAGUUAACAAAUAUCUUAA